AUGUUUUUCGACACCGUGGAACCCGGCCCAGUGGACGUCAUGUAUGGGCUCAAAAUUGCAGCCGAUGAAGACAAGAGCCCAUUGAAAGUAGACCUGGGGGUUGGUGUCUAUCGAAAUGAGCUUGGAAACUACAAUGAAAUGAGUGUUCUUAGAAAGGCAAAGGACGAGCUACACGCACUUAACCCAGGCCAUGAUUACGAAGUCACUACUGGAAACUCUCGGUAUUUGGCCAACGCUGCCAAGGUCGCAUUCGGCGGCGACUCUAGUGUCUUUGAUAGAGAAAAGAUUGCAUCAGUUCAAACCAUUUCCGGCACUGGGGCAGUUCAUGUUGCACUUAUGCUCUUGGCUCGUUCCUCUAAGGAGAAUAGUCGGCAGGUAUAUAUUGGAACUCCAACAUGGGGAAACUACGUACCGAUGUGCAGAUUGGCCGGACUUGACACCAAGACAUAUACCCAUUAUAAUCCAUUGACAGGGGGCGUGGACUUUGAAUCCGUUAUCGACGCCGUGCGCACAGCCGACGAGGGGAGCAUUUUCAUCCUGCAAGGCUGCUGCCACAAUCCGACCGCAGCGGACUUUAGCAAGGAGCAGUGGCAAGCUCUUGCCGCGGAAAUGAAGAACCGACAUUUGCUACCACUCCUUGACAUUGCAUACCAAGGUCUGGGACACGGAAUCGAAGAAGAUUCCUAUGGAGUUCGUCAUUUUGCGCAAAUGGGUUUUGAAAUGAUUGUUUGUCAGUCCUUUUCCAAAAACUUCGGCCUUUAUGGUGAGCGUGCUGGCGCGUGUCAUGUUAUUUGCGCUUCGGAAACACAUGUGCAGCCGGUUCAUGAUCAGCUCCGCUGUUUGAUACGAUGGGAAUUCUCUUCCUCGCCAGCAUACGGCUCGCGUUUAGUCGAUCUAGUGCUUUCCGAUUCUUCAAAACAAGCAGAGUGGUAUGUGGUCUCCUAUCUAUCUCUGAAUAUCUUCAUAUUCUUUGACUCGAAGACAUCUAAAUUGAAGCAAUCAGGAAUUCCGAACUACACACUAUUAGGAACCGUCUUGUUUCUAUUCGAAAAUCAUUUUUCCAUCUUUUGA